UAAUGCAUAUAGACUCUGAGUAGCAUUAUAUAAUAUGCACUCAAAACAAACGAAAAAAUGGGCCAGAGAGGCAACAUUUCGAAAAAACAGAUCUCGAAUCCUGAUAAAUAAACUAAUACCCAAAACAAGUACUACAGAAAAAUAAUAAAUAAAAGCGACAUGGAAAGGGUAUGUCAGUUUUUCCGCAACAACUAUGUGCUGGCCAACUGCGAGGAUGCUAUCUUUAAGAAGGCGUUCUCCCUGAAUCUUUCCCACUACCAGAUGUCCGAGGUUCCGGACAUUAUCGAGCAAUGCGAGACACUAAUGAAGCUCUUUCUCAACCAAAACAAAUUGACGAAGAUUCCAUCUUCCAUUGGCAGUUUGCUGCGCCUGCAAGUCCUCACCUUGGAUUACAAUAAACUGGAUGAAUUCCCGCUCUGCAUCUGCCGUUUGGUUCGGCUGAAGUUUCUGAAUAUUAGCUGCAAUAGCAUAAGUUACUUGCCCCCAGAAAUUGGUUAUCUAACCCUUCUGGAGACAUUCUGGUGCAAUAACACUGGUCUUAAGGAGCUGCCCGCUGAGAUUCGGAAUUUCGAGCGCCUCGAAACUUUGGGUGUCAGGGGCAAUCCCUUGAAGAAGCUGACCGAAGCCAUUGGCGCUCUCACAUCACUCCGUUGGUUCACCGCCGAAGGCUGUGAGCUCACGGAGGUUCCAUUAACAAUGGCACUGCUCGAAAAUCUGGUGCAUCUGAAUCUGAAGGGGAAUCGACUGAAGCGACUGCCCAGAAUGCUGAUGGCCAUGCAGAAGCUGAGGUUCGUUUUUCUCAACGAGAACCGGAUCGAUGAGCUGCCAACAAGGUCUCAGUUGGAGGAGCUGAGCACUCUACACAUGCUCAACCUGUCCAAGAAUCCCAUCAGUCUUCAUCAAGAGCUGCAGCUAAUGGCAUUGCGCCAGAACAAUCUUUACGUGGAGUUGCCAGCAAAUCCUGUCGAAGCCUGUGAUGGUCUUGCCAGCAGAGCUAGCAUGAACACCCAGGAACAGCAGGAGGAUCAGGCGAGGGGACCUGGACAAGACGUUGACUCCUCCGAUUGGGCGAACAGUGUGCGGACCAGUGAACUCGAUACCACGGAUGAGAGCACGAUGGAAACCAACAUCGAGGAUCUGAGUGUAAUGCUGCCGGAAAUGUCGCGCUUUGUCACCACCUUUUGAAGGCCUCAAUAUGUUUUUAUGUAGCACUCAUAAAUCUGUGGUUUAUUCUCUACAA